CACGUGACGUAUGAAGUUCACGGCAGCCAUGUUGGUAAUGGACGCAGAAUCAGCUGGGAAACAGUCAUAUCGAUGUACAACCGCUGAUAAAUAAUGCCUACCACGUGCGCAGCUUCUGAAUGCAAAAAUAAUUCCAAAAAGGACAGCCAGGUCACUUUUCACAGAUUCCCAGCAGACCCAAAACGGAGAGCAGAAUGGUUGAAACAUCUUAACAGAGAGAACUUCUUUCCCACAUUGCACACCUUCUUAUGCUCAAAACAUUUUGAAGAGUCUUGUUUUGACCGAACAGGACAGACUGUGCGUUUGAGGGCAAAUGCUGUGCCAACAAUAUUUAUCUAUCCCGAACACAUGAAGGAGAAGAUUUCUUGCCUGAAGGUGACUAGCAUUGCAAAGCCAGAAGAACAUCUGCCACAGCCCAGAGCAAUCUCCCAGAAGCAAACAGAUUCCUUCCCAGAUCACAAUUAUUGCCUUCCAAGUCCUGCAGCAAUUAAAAAAAAAAUCUGCGAGCUUGAAAGGAAGUUGGAAAUAGCACAUAAAAAAAUAAAAAUAUACCAGCAGAGGGAACGCAGAGUGAAAAGGAAGUGCUCGGGAGAAAAUGUUGACGGAAGUGAACUUAAAGAAGCAGAUGGGAAAACCUCUUGGGAUGUAUUUUAGGUUAAUGUUCACAUGACACAAAAAUGGUGAAGGAACACAAAUGCAUUUUGUUAUUAUAAGAGCUGUACCCUACACUCAAAAAAUGUAAAAAGCCCUGGAAAUUUCAAUGAAAGCAUGUCUAGGGGUAAGGAUGUAGCCAACUAUGCACUGCUGAUCCCGUUAUACCUUUAGUAAAUAUAUAAACCCAAGCCCAGGCAUUCUUCAUUGUUUCCAAAAAUUCUGAAGGAUGAUGGUACAUAGAUACAUGUAUGGUGGUCAUGGCACAAAAUCGUGGAUGUUUACAGCAGAACCACAGGCAUCAACUAAAAAAGCCUUGCCAGUGAUUGUCCUGGAAAUGGAUGGGUCGAGCCCUCUAAUAUUCAUCCUACUUCCUUAAGCACUGAUUUGGUCAUACUAACCAAGCUAUGGCUGGUGUCUUAACUCCACUUUCUAAAUGUGGAUCUAGCUAAUACAAGAUUUAGCACAGGAGUGGCCCCUAGUGAAAAAACUCUUACUGAAGAGCCAGUUAGCAUUACAGAUCCAUAGUUCUACAGUAAACGUACAAAAAAGUAGUAAGACAUCCCCAUUCCAACUUUAAGUGAAACAAGAUUUGAACAAGUUGGCUGACUUUUUUUUUUUUUAUAAUGACUUAAUCAUCCAACAUCCCGCUUGGGUCACUGCUCUUUUUGAUUCUCUUUCCUAUUCUUUGUUUUUUUUCCCAGUCAGUCUUUUGGGUCUCUCUGUCUCCUUCUGUUGAUUUAUCAGUUGGUAAUGUAAAGUGCAAUAAAAUAUUUGAAAAUAGAAUUGUACCUACCAACAUAGUGGAAAUUUUUAUGAAUAUUUAACAAACUGCCAUUAAAACCCCCAUUUGUUCUUGGUGUCUUUCCCCACUUGGCUCAAGAUGGUUUCCAUUUAAUAAAAUAGUUAUAUUAAAAAGGGAUGAUUUUUCAUUAUAUUACUAAAACAAUGUGUUUCAGCAGCAUAGUGCAUAUAUGAAAAACAAAAAUUACUUUGUAUAGCGCAACAGUGCCAGCACUCAUAUGUUCCAGUAGCAUUGUCCCUUUGUACAAUUCAACAGAUGCACAUAUAGUGAAGGGAAUCCACACUCACAGAAGCUGUAUCCAUAAAAAAAAUUACUGCUUUUAAAUGCCAAAAGAAUCAAAAUUGAUUUGAUUGGGCAGAAUAAAAAAAAAAUUGUGCACAUUAGAUUUAUACUACAUACGUUAUGGUACAGAUAUACUGACAAAGAGAAAUGCCACAAAAUGAUUGUGUUAAUUGUGUUCAGUGAUGCCUAUAUUGAAACUAGCCAACAAUAAGCCAACUUGUUGUAGGCUUCCUCUGCCAGUUAUUCUUUGAAUCUGUUGGAAGCUUGUCUGCUCUACUCAAAUGACUACUGUUGUGUCGUGACAUCUGUCCAGUUAAACAUCCUGAUCUCCUCCAGCCUCAUGGUUACACGUUACAAUUAUGAUCUUUCUUUUGUCCCGGGAAAUAUCUAAACUGAUUAAAUGUGAAAAACAAUCAAA